UUACUGCAUGAUGUUGGUUCUUGCUUUUGACUGGCAGAUUCAGAUAUGUCUCAGUUUACUUGCUCAUUGGUGUCCUUUCCAUCUGGUUUGAUGACAUCAAUGACCUACCACUCUCAUCCUUCCCUAGUGUUAGGGGUAUUUAAGUCAGGUCAGGGGCAGAUCUGAGUAAAUAUUUUAAAGAAGAGAAAGAAACAGCUUUCAGUAUUUCUUUCUUUCAGUUUCUGCCUAGACUUAAUUUUUUUUGCAACACUCACACCAAAUACUAGAAGAUGCUGCAGUUUCACCUCCAGGUCCUGUUUUGUAUGCUGUCUGUUUCAGUGCUGUUACUGUCCGGAACCAGUGGGGCACCAAUGGGAGAUUCGUUAACUGACCUCCUUCAGCAGGAUGGCAAAGAGGAGCUGUCCAGAGUCCUGGUUCUGAAGAUGCUCUCGGACUUGAUCAAAGCAGAGAAUGAGGCAUUUCCCAGCUCAAUGGAAGACAGCGGCAUUAGGGAUGAAGUUGUGCGUCACUUAUCACCAGCACGGGAGCGCAAGGCUGGCUGCAAAAAUUUCUUCUGGAAGACAUUCACAUCAUGUUAACAGUUCCAACAGCAUGCCCAGAAAAAGACAACCUGAUACUAUCCUGUUGAGGUUUCCUCAGCAGGUGUCUUGCAUCCGUCUUAUGCAUAAAAUGUUUUUUUUUUUUUUACAUUGAGGUAUCUGCUUAUUCACCUUCACUUUAAUGAAAGACUAUUUUAUUAUAUAAUCUGAGCUAAAGUCCAGCUUUUGUCUACUACAGCCUUCAACAUAAAUAUGCCAACAGAUUUCGUAAGGUAUCUUAUUUACCAGCAAGACUGUUCUACACUGUGCUUAAGUGAUCCUUUUUUUUCUCUCUCUGUUGCACAUAGACUGAGAAUAUUAGCAGCAGAAACACUGAGUGCCCUUUAUCAUUAUUACUGUUUAUAUUUAAUUUGUCGUAAUCAGCCUGUGAAAUGACCAUUCUUUGUGUUUUCAAAAGUGAAUUAAAAAGUGAAUAAAGAA